AUGGGAUCAUCAAAUGAACUUUUUUCAGUUGUCGAUGAUGUUGUAGAUUAUUGUCAAAAUCCAUCUCAAGUUCUUCCUUGUAAUGCACGUCAAUAUUUAGUGUGUCCUCAUUGUUCAUUUCAUCUUUGUUUCGAACAUGGAGAACAACAUCAAAAACAAAUUCAAAAUGAAACAUUUUUUUUACAUAAUCAAGCGAAAAGUUUAGAAAAAACAUUAAAUGAAUAUAAACCUAUACAAAUAAUUAUAGAAGAAGUAUUCAAUUCAUUAAAUGAAUGGAAACAAAAAAUGCACAAUGUUAUCGAUCAAUAUAGUGAACAAGUUAAAAUGCAUAUUGAACAAGCACAAAAUCGGCUAAAUGAUCAAUGGAUUAUAGCUAAAGACGAAUACGUACAAAUGUUACAUAAUUCUGUUAUUGAACCUAUUGAUAAAUUACUGAAUGUACCAAAACAAAUUCAUCCAGAUGAAGUACGUCAAGUUCAUACUCGAUUAAUUGAUGCUCAAAGUCAAAUCACAAAUCUAUUAACAUAUCGUGAUCUUCUUCGUAUUAAUUUUGAUGCAUGUUCAUUAGGUGGUAAUAUUAAUAUUUCUCGUGGUCAUUUUCCUUCACCAACGAUGGUUUCAUUGAUACCUUCAUCUCUACAAUCUUCAAAUUCAUUUGAAAAUAUUCCUCAUCUAGAUCGCAUCAACUUACUUUAUCGAUUUGAUAUGCUAUCAACAGACACAUCGGCUUUAGGUGUUUCUUCGUAUCGAAUGAGUAACUCUACUCAAAUAUUUGUUACAUGGAUUAAACCGAGUACACUGGUUAUUUUUGAUGCCGAACAAGGUAUGAUUAAACGUGUAGAUGUUGAACCAUCAUUUAUAACAAUUAAUGAUAUUGUAUGGUGUGAUUAUUUAAAUGUAUUUCUUAUUUCUGGUGCUGCUCUCCAUACAUUUGAUGUAAUUAAUAAUGAUGUUAAAGAAAUUUUUACGUCUGAAAAUCCACAAAUAUGGUCAAUUACUACACAUAAAACAAGUCUAUUUGUUUGUUAUGCCAUGGGUGAAUCACCUCUAAUUGAACAUCGUUCAUUACCAUCAUUUCGUAUAAUCCAAACAUAUACUCGUUCACGACUUUUACCAACUAAUUCUCCAUCAAUAGUUGAAAUAGCUCGUUGUAUUCGAACUAAUGGUCAUCAUAUAGCAAUGACCAUUCGAAAUCUAACUACAUAUGAAUGGCGUGUUGAUAUAUUUAAUUUUCAUAUGCAACGAUUAUUCCAAGGUGAAAUUUUAGGACAUGCAGCCUAUUCAGAUUAUUGGAGUUGUUUAUUAACACCUUACCGAUCUUACUGGUGGUUAGUUAUGAAUAAUACAUCAGAACAAGAAACAUUGACAUUAAUUGAUAAACAAGCACGUAUCAAACAACAAAUCCAACACGAAGGAUACAAUAUUUGUGUUUUACAAGGAGAACGGCGAUUUGUUACUAAAGAUCAACAUGGAUUAGCAGUAUAUCGUUUUUAA